CUUAUAACGUGGGUGGCAAAACACAUUAUUAGGCCCUCACUAACAGUACUUGGACGUGUGUAUAUUAUAGAAGACCAUGUUUUCGUAUCACUAGUAAAUUUUCUUUAUAGCCACGAAAUAGCUACGAUUUUUUGUAGCAACUUUUGAAAAAAUCACAAAGAAAAACAUAGAAACUCGUGUGAAAAUCGUGGUAAAACUAGCCAUAAUUUUGCCACGAAAUUAAAUGUGGUUAAAAAUAGCUAUAAUUUUGUCACGAAUAAUUCAAAACAAAUUUCGUGGCUAUUCUUAGCCAUGAAUAUUUCAUGACUAAAACGUAGCUAUUUUAGCCACGAAACUCCUAACUUUUGUUACGGUUUUUGAUAGGUCUUUUUUUGCUAUGAUCUUAUAACCACAUAUUUUGUUUCAUGGCAUUAGUAGCAAAUCUUAAAUAUAGCCACGAAAGCUUCUUCCUCUAGUUACCAUUGUAGCUGAACCAGCUUCGAACCUAUUUCUAUCUAUUGAUGAGAUUUGGAUGAUCUAACUUUGGGUACUUGUGUUUUGUGUUAAGUAAUUGAGUCAUAACCACGAAAAAACGUGGUUGUAUCCUUUUUCUUACUAGUGUAUGCACAUAUAAUAUUAAUUCUCAACUUUUAUUAAAUUUGAACUUUGAAAUAUGAUACUUUUUUUUUUUUUUGAAACUGGAAAUAUGAUACUUUGCGAAAGCUUUUUGGCCUAGUGGUCAGAAGAUUUAAAAGAUAUUACAUUAAGUUUGGGUUUUGAUUCUCAAAAGAUAUAAUUUCUCGGUUGUUCGUUAUGCUCGUGUAUUGCAAAGAGUAUGUCUAUCAAAGAUAAACAUGUAAAACCGUCAAGUAGAGAGAUACGUCGUGAAACUGAUGUAUGUUAAAUUAUUAAUCAAGCAUAUGAUAGUUAAUCAUCAUUUGUGAUAGUAACAAAGAACAUUUUUGAUAGAUAUAAUUGAUGAUUAGGCGAGUACUAAAAAUGAUAGUUUUACUUUUACCAGAACACUAUUUAGCCAAGAACCAGGCCUGCAUAUAUAUCUGAUACACUUGCUUUCUCACUUAAUUAAUUACAUUACUAUGCACGGACCCAAAGUAGAGAAAAAGAAACCUCACACAAAAAUAAGGAAAUUAUGGGAAUGAAAAACGUCUCAAGAAGGUCUAAAGUGACUUAUAAUUAAAUAUAUAUUUAAAAAAAAUCCAAAUUGCUGCUACCACAAAAUUAGUUCGUUGUGAUCAUCUAUCAACUAAAAGCUCGUGGCCUCAGCCUCUUGGAGUUCCUACAAUCCUAUAUUAUUCUCUACCAUUUGUUUCUUCCACACCCAAAUGCCUCAACAUAUUCUCAGUUUUUUUUUGUUAAUUAUUUUAUAUUACUAUGUUUACCCGAAAGUUCUAAAGUUAUGGCCGCUAAUCUUUAUUUUAAUUUUGUCUCAAAAAAUAUAAAUCUAUUUUAAUUUGAAGAAUAAUUUGUAUAACAUAGUUUUUUUUAUGACAUCGAAAAGGCUAUUCUAUUAAUCAAACUUGAAAUGGUCUGUGUAACCAGAUAAAAAUAGAACAACCAACAAAAUACAUAUCUCUAUGGAAAGAUCUUGUCGUCCUAGCUAGGAAGUCAGAGAUCCGAUUUUGUGGUCGUAGAACAUGGCAAAUCUUAAAUUCCGAAAAACAUAUAUGCGAAGUCUCUAUCCUAUCCAAUUCUGUUGCAAAACUAAGCCAAGUUUGUGGUUCCUUAAUCAUAGCAAUCAGAUCCUUGCAGUAUGUUCCGAAGCUCUGACAUGUCGAAUAUUGUAGCAUGCUCUCCAUCGUCCACCUUAAUGCUUCUAUUUCAAUGUGCAGAGGAGACUCUCGUCGUAUAUAAUUUCGUGUCCUCAUAAGUUGAGCAUUCCCCAAACUGUCUAUCCAAGCCCAUCCACUCCCGCUGAAUUGUGAUGUAGAUGUCCAUGAUCCAUCUAUCAUACAAAUAUUACUCAAGCUUAUGAUUUGAGAUUGGUCACUACUAUGCUCAUGUAAAGUCGAUGGAAUUAUUUCAUUCGCAUUGAACCAGGCUUGAGACUCACUCUCUGCAUAGCGAACUAGCUCCUAUGAUCUUUGUCUAUGCCCCUAAAAAGUUUAUCGUUCCUAGCCUUCCAAAUAUACAGAUUAUCCAGGGGUAUGAAUCCCUAUCUAAGGCUGGCUCGGCAAUGAUGUUCUUCCUCCAGAAAAGGUAAUCCAUAUUAGCAUAAAUACUCGAGAUAGGGAAAAUAUCUGAAUUCGUUGGAGUUGAAGAUAGGGUACAUACUUGUAGAGUAGACGAACACUCAAAUAUUGCAUGAGUAACAGAUUCUUCUGGUUCCCUACAUCUUGGACAGUAGUUAUCGCAUCUCAUGUUACGUCUUAUCAAGUUUUUUGUUACUGCCACGUGACAUGUUAUCAAUUGCCAUAUAAGAUGAUAAAUUUUUUGUGGAGCUUUUAUCUUCCAAGCAAAGGCCUGGAGCUUAAUUAUACUGGGUUCUAAUAUCUCCUUCUCUUCCUCACGUCGCAAUAAAUUACGAGGUACCCAAUAUCCUGAUUUAACCGUGUACAUACCAUUAUUCGUGUAAUUCCAACAUAAAGUGUUAUGUCUAUGAGUAAAGCUUAUGGCUAAACUUCUUAUAAGAAGUGUCUUCAGAGACCACGUAAUUCUCUAGCAAUCCAACAUCCCAUUCUUUUGUUUCCUCAUUGAUAAAGUCGCUAACUCUCAUGUUCGAAUGAAAGACUGGAGCUAAGGGGCUAGCUGGUCUAGUCGGUUUUGUAUAACAUAGUUAAUGACACAUCUACAAAUCAUUGAAUCAUAACUGUCAUCGAUCUCUAUCUUCAUGUAAACGUACGAUUCUUAGCUAAUUAACUUUCAGAAACUGCUCAGAUUCGUAUGGUUAUAUAUUUCAAAUUUGCAAAGAGAAAUACAACUCUUGGAGCUAGAUGUAAAGUUUAUUCCACUAAAGAAGUCCCCAAAGUAACCAAGUGGUGUUUGGUGAAGAUUCGCCCUGUGGAUCAAUGUUACAUAUCGAAUUUCACCAUCCAUGAAUAUCACUGAAGAUUUUCUUUGAUUAUUAAAAAUGAUUUAGAUGACAAGAAUAUUCGAUUUUCUACAUGACACUACUAAAAUUUGGUUUAUGAUCUACAAGAAAAAAAGAAUAAGAAAAAUCUCAAGAGUGUAAAACUGUCAGAGAACAAAAAAAUAUAACUCAUCUGUAACUUUAAAGUAACGGUGUAUACUGAUGGUAUAGCACAAAAUUGACGUACGUAAUUAGAAUUGUGUUCGUGAAUAGAAAUAAAGAUGAGAUUCCUUAAAGCUGGAUACAAAAUCGACGGCCAAGGUAAAAGCAUAUUUUCAGAAGUUCAUCUAUCUUUCGUACUAAUACAUGCACUCUCAACAAUUUCUGGUAACACUUCAUAUGGACUACAAGCUUUUUGUACACUUUUUUUGGCGUACGUACGUUAUGGAGAACCACAAAGCUGAAAGCAUGCGCCGCACGUGUCAAUAGCAUCUAAACACGUUGCUGGAUUCGUUACGCAUUUCGCUUUGUAUAUAAAGGUAGACUAUUUUGCUACGAAUUAGUAAUUAUUUAGCAAAAUCACCCACUUACACGUCUGCUCUCAGCAUAAGGUGGAGUAAAACUGUUCAUACGUGUGGAGGUCUACUAUUUUUUUCAAGAAAUUGAAAAAUAUUUCCACAUUUAUGUUUCUCUAAGCGAAAAUAUAAUUUUAUUUAAAUCUAACUAACUUUUGGAGUCUGCGUUCAUUAUAUAAAUUUGCAAGAGUCAAAGAAAAAAAAAGUAGUUCGACAACACGAUGGCCACAAAACUAUUAAUUUGGUUAAUAUAUUCUUUUCAUAUUAAAAACUAUUCUAAAAAAAAAAUUAACAGUAAUUUUCCAACUACCUUUUUCAUUGUUUUAAUUUGAGCGGUAGAUCCUAUUCUGGAAACAGAAAUCUCUACAUUAAUAACAUGUCUAAUUCCAGUAUUAAAAAGAUCAACGGAUAAGAAUAUUUGUCCAUAUAUAAUGGAAACUACAUUAGUAGGAAUAUAAGCUGAAACAUUUUCUGAUUGGGUUUCGACGACUGGUAAGGCAGCCAUACUUCCUUCACCUAAUUCAGAGCUUAAUUUAACAUUUUUUUUAAUGAGCUCAAAGAUCAUUCAUGUACCACAUACGCAUAAUAUAAAAGUAGAAAGUAUUGCAUGCAGUGGAAAAAAAAUCAUUGUUUAUCGUUUAUAUGAAUGAGGAAUUACCGGUAUAGUUUGCAAAAUUACAUGAAUCUGCUUAUGUUAGUGACAAAAAAAACUAUUCCGCACUUAAAAUAAACUGUAAAUAAAAUUUAUAAUAAUAUAAACACGAAAAUACAGAUCCACCUAGUUUUCCAAUCUCGGUAUUUCUCCGUCCAUAGUUCUAAGAGUAUUUAUAAUUUAUUGAUAUUUUGCCUUUAUAAUAGUAAAAAAAAUAUUUUAGUCAUCUUUUUUCGGUAAAAUAGAUAUUGCUUUGGUAUUUAUCAAAAAAUCAUAUUGUAUUAUAAAAUCAUAUUUUCCAAUUUUAAAAUAAUCAUUGAACUUUUCUAAUUAAAAUAAAUAUUUUUAUAGAAAUAAAAUUUUCAAUGUAAAAUAGAAAUAUAUUUUUUACAUAAUUAUCCUUUAAGUUUAAAAUAUGUACAAUUAUAACUAAUAUAAAUAAUUUUGGAAGACAGUUUUUUUAUCAAAAGAUGAUUCUUUAUAUAAGAAUCAAAUACAAAGAAGUUUUUCUAAGUCAGAUUUAGAAAAAAAUCAAAGAUACAAGAAUUUAUUUCUGGAGUUGAAAUGUAUUAAUUGAUCAUUUAUAAAAAUAUAAUAAUAUUGACGGUUAAAUAAAUCUACUAUUCUUUUGAUGAAUAAAUAAGAUUUAAUUUGUUUUAUUGUUGUUUGUAUAAUGUACAUUUAUGUAAUUAUUGACGGUUAAAUAAGAUUUAUGUAAUAAAUGUUUAUUUUUAAAUAAUAUUAUAAUAAUGUGAAAAAUCUUGCAAAAUUUAAAAUGAGUAGAGUUAAUUUUCAACUAUCAUAAUUAAACAAUUUUAAUUCUAAAUCAAAUAAAGAUGUUAAACUACUUUUAGAAUAAAAAAUAGAAAAAUACAUUAGAGAAGAGAAAUCUUCACUAUUCGAAACUUUUGGUUUUCUAAAUCCACUGCCGUUCGUGAUCAGAGAAGAUAUUUCAAUAAUGUUUGGCUAACUGAUAGUGUCUUUUGGACUACAUUAUUCUUUAGAAGAACUUUAAGUUAGACUCUAUUAUAUGGUGGGAUAUGAUAAAUCCAUAUUAAUAUUCCGGAAACAUAUUUUACCUGAAAUCAGCAUCUACUCAUAUCACAACUCAUUUAUGGUACUAAAAUUUAGUGGACCAUAGCGACAAUAAAUAUUGGGGAAGAAAAGAAAGAAAGAAAGAAAGAAAUAUCUGGGUGUAAUAAAUAUAACUGACGGGCUCAGGAGUGUCUAUCUGACUUGGCUACGUGUUCUCUCUAUUCUUCCCUUCUCCCUCUCUCACUUGUUGGGUGGGAGUAGAAGAAACAAAGCAAAAAAUGGCUACGAAAAUAUGUGAAAUGUGGAGAGAAAUGAAGGCUAUAACGGCAAUGGUGGUGGUUCAAAUAGCAACAGCAGUGUUGAAUAUUUUGUUCAAGCUUGCGGUGGUAGAUGGUAUGGAGCCAAGAGUUCUCGUGGCUUAUCGUCUCUUCUUCGCUACACUUUUCAUGAUUCCCCUUUCUCUUAUCUUUCAAAGUGCGGUGUUACCGAGUAUCUUCACCAUUACGGGCCUGGCUCUAACGUCAGCAACAUUCGCUUCUGCUGCUGCCGUUCUCACUCCCUUGAUCACUUUCGUAUUGGCUGCAUUUCUUAGGAUGGAGAGUGUAAGGUUUGGAACAAGAGAAGGGAAGGCUAAAGUUUUUGGGACACUCUUUGGUGUUGGAGGAGCUCUUAUCUUUAUAUUCUACAGAGGAAAAGAUAUUCAUAUGUGGUCAACGCACAUUGACCUAAUGAACAAAUCACAUGACUUCUCACGUGAUGCCUCCCACCAUAUUUCUAUCCUCGGGGCUCUUUUUGUUUUUGGUGGCAACUUUUCCUAUGCAUUUUGGCUAUUAUUGCAGGUAAAAGUAGGCAAACAAUUUGGAGGGGCUUACUGGAACGCGACGCUAAUGAACCUGACGGGAAGCGUUGUGGCUGUUAUUAUUGUUCUUUGCUGGAAUUGCGAUUUGAAGGAAUGGAAAUUAGGAUGGAAUAUCAGGCUCUUUACGAUUGCGUAUGCGUCAAUUGUGAUGUCCGGAAUGGUGAUAGCAGUCAACGCAUGGUGCGUCGAAUCUAGAGGACCAUUAUUUGUAUCGGUAUUUAGCCCUGUAGCACUUGUCGUCGUUGCUCUUGUUGGAUCAUUUAUUCUAAACGAAACACUUCACGUGGGGAGCAUAAUUGGUACAGUGAUUAUUGUGGGAGGAUUAUACCUUGUGCUAUGGGGUAAAAACAAAGAAAUGAAGAGUAUCACUCCGACCUCGGAUUAUAUUGAAACAAAUAAGACUACUAGCAAAGACAUCUCCCUUAAGAAUCUCCCAACAUUAAGUACAAAUGUCCCUUGAAUACGAAUACAAACCAACAAUUGCUUUUUAUAUAUGUUCUAUGCUUCUAUAUUAGGGAAUAUUAAUUUCUCUAUGUAUGUUAUAUGUGAUGAAGAUUUCUUGAAUGUUGUAAUUUAUGAUAUGGGAGUACAUCAAAACUAUCUCAGAUUAUAGUUUUGAGACUAAUAUAAAAUUCUAAAAUAUUUAUUGUUUUUAA